AUGGAUGGCAAAAUACCUCUGGAUGAACCUCCUCCUUAUACUCCACUUCCAACGAAUCAUUCGAUCUCAGAUGAAUUUCAGUUGAACUCGUUGACUUAUCACCUACAACAUCACGUGUCAUCCCUCCCAGAUCGUAUCCGAGCGACGCAGCAAGUUCGAAAAGCCGAACAAACACUUAGUGAUGCGUCCCUAUUAGAUCACAUCGUCCCUAUUGUUGAGGAGUUCUUGGCCGACCUGGGGGCUCGGCACAGUCCCGUCCCACUAGCUGCUCUCACUUUGGUACCGGAUGCAGCGGUGCCUAGGAAUGCAGUUCUUAGUGGCUUGGAAGACAUGAAACGUCGCGGAGAGAUAUGCCGUGUGUCUAGAAUCUCUAUGGAUAAUACUAGCAAAGACUCAAAGUCUAGCUCUGGCGCCUCUAGGUCUCAAAGUACCAGUGAAGACCCAAGCUGGACUCCGGGACAGGAGUUUAGCGGUUGGGGUCGAUUUGGCGAAUUAGAUUCCCCAAACGACGAUACGGAGCAAAAUAAGAUGCUGUGGUGGCGCGACGAGGAGAUGGCACAUCGUCUAGCAACCUACCUACAACCAAAGCAGGAAAGGAAAGCGCCCGUGGUGCAAAGAUCAGUGGUACAGGCCGUGGUAGAGCAUAGGAUACCACCGAAGAAAGAAAAGAAGGGCUGGCUCUGGGGAAAACGCGCGAGUGUUCAAACAUCAUCCGAAGCUUCAUCAACACCUACGGAAACCGAGGCUGAAGUGGAUAUACCACAAGAGAAAAAAGGAGCUGAAAUGACCGUCACAGCUCAAGAGGUCGCCUUUCGCCAGGAGAACGAGCUUGGGAUAUGGGAGAGUUUUCGUGGGUGGGGUAUCGUAGUGGCUGUGAAAGUCAAAACUUGA